CUUGCUCAUUCGCACGUGCUCUCCCCGGAGGAAAAAAAGGAAGUAGGAGGGUGUGCUUGCAAAUCUAGAGAGGCAUCCAGAUCUCCCAAUCGGAGCUAAAAUGAAAGAGCUCCGCUCCCAACAGCAGCCCCUAGGGUGGGCCGGUUUUGAAACCGCCAGUCCGUUGAGACUCCCUGCCUCUUGGCACAAAGAGGGGAGGGAAGGAGUAAGGGCGCCGGCUCAGCAGCAAGCGAACUCUUCGCAGCCGGCACUUGCUGUCUGGACUGUACCCGAUCAGCAGCUCCUCGAUAGAUCCGGCUGCCGCGAUCACGUCAGGGCAACGUUGAGCGCCGCCCGCCGCCUGGACUGGGCGCCCGCGGCGGCGCACAAGAAAGCGCUAGGCGCUUGGAGACGCCUUGGCGAGCCUCCCGGCGGGGCGUGGAUCCGGCAGCGGCGGCGCUUGGCCGCCAACGCCCGCGAAAGGAGGCGCAUGCUGGUGCUCAACGUGGCCUUCGACCGUCUGCGGAGCGUCGUGCCCGCGCUGCGAGGCGAGCGGAAGCUCUCCAAGGCGGAGACCUUGCAGAUGGCCAAGAUCUACAUCUCCAUGCUGAGCGAGCUGGUGCAGGAGGUCGGCGCCGGCGCGCCGGGGAGAGAAGCGGCAAGCCAGGCUCCUACGACGCCACCCGGAAGCGACUGAAGCCGAUCGCCUCCCGCUGCCUUCCCAGGAUCACCAAACUGAUCCUGCUCCUGCGGAGCAGAUCCCUGCCCCAGAACCCCUUGCAAAAACUGCCCUCGUAGGGAGAGGUGCUUAUGCCUAGACAAGCGCGCGGGACUUAGGCUGCAGCCUUCUCCGCCCCGUCAAAAAUCCCUGAUCUGCAUCAGUGUGCAAACAUAGAGGGUUGUUUUUGUUUUUUGGAAGGGGGGGGGCAAAAAAAAUGAAAGUUUGACUUGAAAAGGAGGGGCUUGCUUUCUGGAUAGACAAGACACGCUCGUUCGGGGAGCGAGUCCUCUCUCUUCCGUGUUUAUAUUAUGUGCAUGGGCGGCGUUGUACAAGUAGGAUUAAGCUUGGGGUAGUAAAAGCACUAGGGAGGGAGCCCCACUGGACAGUGGAUCGUAGUGCGUUAGGAUUGCGCUGCUAAAGUGCGAUUCUAUCAACCCGUUAGGUUUGCAGUUCAGUCCUGACCCUGGUUUGCUGGAAGGGAUCCCACUGACUUCACCAGGACUUCCUUCCGAGUAGACACUGUUAGGCUUCCGUUGGUACUUAAGGGUGAGCCCCAUUUAAUUAAAUUGGACUUCUCAAUAGAUAUGUACAGGCACGCUUGCACCUGGGCAUUAGAAGCAUUGUUUUAAGAACACCCAGGGAGCAUCUUCCUUACCUUAGCCUGUAAAGCAAGAUGGCAGUGAAGUCACUGGGUGGGUCUCAGCCUUAAGCCAGUGACAAAAUGUUCACUUUGUUUGCAAUGUAAUUAAAGGUUUGUAAUGACGGCAAGCUGCUGGUGCAUGUUUGCUUCAGGGGAUAAGGCAGAAGCUGUAGAAACCCUGUAUAUUUUACUAAGAGCCUUAAAGCAGCAUGAGUUAAGUAGACAGUAACAGUAGGAUCCUGCACGUGUCCACUCAGAAGUCCCCUUGAAUUCAAUAGGGUUUACUCCCAGGUAUGUGUGCAUAGGAUUGCAGCCUUUCUUAACCAUCCAUGAAGUUGCAAAGACAUCUGUCUCCUCCUAUCACUUACACAGUGGUGUCCAAGAUUUGAUGAAGUGAA